CACACACAGAGGCCCUUAGCAGCAAGAUUAAAGAACAGAAAAUUAUUGUGGAUGAACCUUUUAAUCUAAAGAAGAAUUGGAGAAUUGAACAAAAAUCUUUUCUGAAAGCAAAAAUACAUUAG